AUGGUGCUUCUCAAGGCCUUCGUAGCAGCUGCUUGCGCUACUACUGCGCUCGCGGCAGACAUUGUCGUGCAUUCCUCUGGUGGCAACCAGACUGGCAAGCAUGGACAUCCGUAUGGAUAUGGCUUCCUCCACGAGGACAUCAACAACUCUGGUGAUGGUGGUAUCUACGCUGAAUUGAUUCAAAACCGUGCCUUUCAAUUCAGCAAGAACUACAGCGUAUCCACCGCCCACUACUUCCCCAUCAACAAUGCCGGCCUCAGCAUUCAGUUCUUGGACCAGCCGCUCUCCAAGCAGCUCCCAGCCUCGAUGCGAGUAUCAGUUGGCAAUGGUACUUCCGGCGCUGGUGUAAUCGGUUUCAAGAACGACGGUUACUGGGGUAUGGACGUCCGUCCACAGACCUACACUGGAUCCUUCUGGGUCAAGGGAGCAUACGACGGUAUCUUUACCGCAUCCCUUCAAUCCAACCUCACAGACGAAGUAUUUGGCUCCGUCGAAAUCCCCUCCAAGUGUGUUGAGGACGACUGGACCGAGCACACUUUUGAGCUCGUCCCAGAAAAGGCUGCUCCAAACUCCAACAACACUCUCGCCAUCACUUUUGACGGUGCUGCAGCACGCGCACUCGACUUCAACCUCAUCUCCCUUUUCCCGCCUACCUACAAGGGCCGCAAGAAUGGUCUUCGUAUCGAUCUUGCAGAAGCUCUUGCCGACAUGAACCCCCACUUCCUUCGUUUCCCCGGUGGCAACAUGCUCGAGGGUCUCCGAAACGACUCUUGGUGGGACUGGAAGGAUUCUCUCGGUCCUCUCCGCUACCGUCCUGGUUUCCAGGGUGUAUGGGGAUACCAACAGACCCACGGUCUCGGUCUUAUGGAGUAUCUUGAGUGGGCAGAGGAUAUGGAUCUCCAGAUUGUUCUGGGUGUCUGGGCCGGUCUUGCUCUUGACGGUGGUAUUACUCCCCAGCAAGAUCUCGAUGCCUACAUUGAAGACGCACUCAACGAGAUUGAAUUCGUUACUGGACCCGCAAACUCUACCUGGGGUGCCCGCCGCGCUGAGCUUGGCCACCCCGAGCCUUUUGAGCUCAACUACGUUGAAGUCGGCAACGAGGACUGGCUUGCUGGUUUCCCUGGCGGUUGGGAAUCCUACCGCGCCUACCGUUUCCCCAUGUUCUACAACGCCAUCCGCAAGGCGUACCCCCACAUGACCGUCAUCUCCUCCGCUGCGUCCAGCGACCCCGGCGGCACACCUCCUCUCUACGGCCCCAACAAGAAGAACGGCCAGAUCCUUCCCUUGGAUGCUCUCGGCGACUACCACCCCUACCGCGAGCCCGACGAGCUCGUCUACGAAUUCAACCGCUUCGACAACGACGCCGGCCACAUCGUCGGCGAAGUCGCCGCCACGCACGUCAACGGUGGCAUCCGCUGGGAAGGCAGCUUGUACCCCUUCCCCUGGUGGAUCGGCGCCGUCGGCGAAGCCGUCUCCCUCAUCGGCUACGAACGCAACUCUGACCGCAUCCCCGGCACUUUCUACGCCCCCGUCAUGAAGAACAACAACCGCUUCCAGUGGCCCAUCACCCUCCUCCAGUACGACGCCGAUCCCAAACGCACCACCAAAGCCGUGACCUGGUACUGCUGGAGCCUGUUCGCUCACCACCCCAUCUCCCACACCCUGCCUACAUCCUCCAACACCUCCUACGGCCCGCUCUACUGGGGCGCCGGCAUGGACGAGAACCGUGGCGGCGCACGCGUCUGGAAGGGCGCAGUGUUCAACACUACCAACAGCGUUGACGUACCUGUUUCCGUCCAUUUUGACGGCAUUCCCGCGGGUGCCAAGGCAAAUCUUACACUUCUUACUAACUCGGUUGGCGAUCCGUACAUGUACAAUGAUCCAUUUACCGGCGUUAACAUUGUGAACACUACCAAUGUUAUCCUCACCGCUGAGGGUGAUGGCGUGUUCCGCUUUGUCAUGCCCGAACUUAGUGUUGCGGUGCUGGAUACGGAUGUUGGUGGUGGUAAUGCUACAGUCAAGUCUCGUAGGCGCUUGUCGUAG